UUUCUGUUGCUGCUGCUGCUUCUGGCAGCCUCAGUGCUUGCUGUUUCCCUGCCACCCUUCACACCAGCACCGGUGCCACCUCAUGCCGUACUAUUUGCGGACAUGCCCCCUAUCACUGUCUUACACCCACAAGCUAACAUUAUCUCCACUCACCUUCCCUCAACACCACGUGAAUCUUACCUCUCAUUGACUCAACCUCAAAUUCUUCUUCCUGAUGAGCUACUCAAGAUUAAGCAGCCUUUACAACGCAAGACAAGCGAAUUCGCUACGCUAGUAUCGUCGAGCAGUUCUCUCACGCCGUCAGCGAGCGAACUUGCUUUGCAGAGACCACCAAGCAGUUUGCUUCAACCUGAAGCUAGUGCUAGAGAGAAGAGGAUAGCGACUGCUCGUCUGUUCCUGAGUGCUUCUAGGGAUAUGAAUGAGGAAUCUCUGGCAGCCUUGAUGACCACCUUGGUUAGGAGGGAGCUAGCCGACUGCUUCCUGGUGAUAGUCGCUGACACAAGAUACAUUGGUUCCUACGCUGUUGACCAACUUGCUCGUCUCCCUAACUAUAAACAGAUAAUACACUUGAAGAUGCCAAAGGAUUUUGAGAGCGUCAGGUGUGCUCCUGGCUGUGGAAGCUACGUGUUUCUCCCGCAGGACCCAUCAUUACUCCUCACCUUCGCCUCCACCUCACCUAUGAUCUGGGAUUAUCAAGGCAGGUUCUUGCUGGUGGGGGUGACGAAGGAGGAGCUUCAGCAGCUGGUGGUGACAGUGAAGGGCAGGAAGACUCAGCACAUUGUAGGAGUCAUUAAGGCAAGCGUGCCGGGGAAGUGGCUGGUGUACAUGAACCAGCUAUACUGGGGUAGCCAGGUGGCCCACGUAACCACCUGGACCGGCCACACCUUCACUUCCCGUGAUACACCCUUCCCUGACAAGAUAUCUGACCUUCGUGGCACUGUGCUCAAGGUAGUGACGUUCGAGUGGGAGCCGAGUACCUUGUAUUAUCGGGCAAGAAACGGAACAGUGCUUUAUCUCUUCGGUCGUGAUGUUGAGGUAGUGCGAGCUCUAGCUCCCGUCUUCAACUUCACUAUACAGUUCAUCGAACCACCAAAUGAUGAGCGCUGGGGCAGCCUUCUUCCCAAUGGUUCGUGGGACGGUGUUGUAGGACUGUUGGGGCGAAGCGAGGCUGACUUAGCCAUCGCUAACUUGUUCAUCAAUACUCUUCAGGGACGAGAUCAGUUCCAAGGCUACACCACCUUUUUCGACACAGAUGAAAGCUGCAUGAUGACUCGUACAGAGCCUCCGCUGCCCCGGUGGCAAGCUCUGGGUCUGCCCUUCACUCUACAGACAUGGUUGGCUCUCCUGGUGGGCCUCCUCCUCUGUGGUCCCGUACUCAGCCUCCUCGCUAUUGUUGCUAAUACCAGCAUGAGGGACGCAAAAACAGAUGUACAAGUGUCGCUGGCGACCGCUUAUAUGAAUGCCUUGUGUAUUCAUUUUCAAGGAUUCCAGCCGCUUCUGCCCCGUCGUCAUAGUCUUCGCAUCAUAGUUGGUUUCCUCCUAUUUUAUACCUUCAUCAUCCGCGUUGCCUACUCCUCCAACCUAACAGCCUUCCUCACCGUCACCAGACGACCCCCGGGGAUAGAGACUUUGAAAGAACUGUACGAGUCCUCGCUUGUUUUUUUUGAGGCCUCAAACUUCCUCAGAGAUACCUUUUUGCAAUCAUCCAAUCCUUAUCUCAGAGGUCUGGCAAAGAGACACGUCCUCGUCAAAGACAUGACAGAAAUUAUUCGUGAUAUAGCCGCAGGGAAAGGUGUGUUCACUGAAAAUCGCAGUGCCAUGGAGUUCCUCCUCAAUACUCUGGUUGGUCCGUCUAGGAAAUCUUAUGGUGUUCGCACGAUAAAGGAAUGUUACGCCACCUACAACAUUGCUAUCGGAAUCCCGAGAAACUCUCCUCUCAAAUCCAGUUUUGAUAAGAUCAUCAGCAAUAUCUUCGAGAGUGGUCUUGUGAGGAAAUGGAAGCAGGAGUCCUACAGUCUCUACAAAAAGAACAAGGCAGAGACCAAGAUAGAGGGAGCAGGAGCGACUGAUAUAGUGAAGAUAGUGACUGGCGAACUGGGAACAAACACAGACAACGUGCCUCUGAGCUUUGACCACACCCAGACAAUCUUCUACGUCCUCAUCUUCUGCUACGUACUCUCUUCUCUUUUGUUCCUCGCUGAGAGGAUUCUGGCCAGAAAGAAAUAAUUUUUUUUCAGAUUAUUUAAAGCAGCAAGAAUUUCAGACAUGCUAUUUUCUACAUUGUAAGUUAUUAUUGUUAAUAAGUGUUUACUGAGAUUGGCAAA